AUGAUGAUAUACAAACAGGAAUUAACAUGUUAUGAUUCUGCUCAAGAAGAAAUAGUUACUAUACUUGUUUUACUUGAGCAAUCUGUUGAACCAGACUGUCAAUCCUCAAUGCCAGAGUUAUCUGAUAUUCCACAACUAUCUUUUGAGCAAUCAUUAUCUAAAACUGAAUUAAUUAAUCAAAAUGAAAUUAAUAGUAUGUAUACAGAUAAGAUUUUUGUUGCCUCAAUUGAUUAA